AUGGAAGCACAAACCAACACCGCAGGUCUUCCAGAGGUAAUGCUGACGGAGAUCCUAGCGAAGUUACCUAUGAGAAGCAUCUCCAGAUUCAAAUCAGUAUGCAAAACAUGGAAAAAAACACUUGAAUCUGUCUACUUCCGUCGUCACUUUAUGUCCCUACACCAACACUCAUCAUCUUCUUGUUCUUGGUCUCUAAUACGUGGAGAGUUCAUGGGAAAAGAACUCAUGGGUUGCUACGGACAAUGGGAUCUUCCAAAGUCUCCAGCUUCUUAUAUCCCACCGCCUUCUAAAUACUUCAGUUCAUCUUUUUCCAACGGGCUGGUUUUGAUGGAAGGACGUGAUUAUUUUUUCUUUGUGGGCAAUCCAGUGUUACGACAGUGGGCUAAAAUCCCUUACCCUCUAUGUGAUACUUCUAGCUUUGGUUUGGUGUCGCGCGUGGACUUGGACGGCGUUGUUGUGAGCUUCAAGAUCGUGAGGAGAGGGGUUGGAUCUUCAAAUACUGAUCUCUUUGUUCGCAUAUACUCCUCUGAGACAGGUGUUUGGACUUCCAAGCAACUUCACUUUCCUUGUGAUGAUCACAUCCCUUACUCGUCUCCUAUAAGCCUGAAUGAGACUAUUUAUUUCCUAGCCCAAACAGAUUUUCACAUUCGUCAGCCUGGAGUACUUAUAGCUCAUGAUUUCUAUUCUGAAUCCGAUCAAUGUCAGGUUAUACCUCUCCCGGACCAUUCCAAUAAUCCCAACUAUAAAAGAGCUUUGACAACAUGUGGAGGAUUUGUUAUGUAUGUCAAAACGUUAGCUGAAAAUGUAUAUGAUAGUUUGAAGGUUUGGAGGUUGAGGAAGGAUUCAGCUGCUUGGGAGCUUUUGUGGGAUCUCGACCUCCCAUUAGCCUGGGCUGAUGAUAUCGCUUAUAAUGCACCCGUGGCAAUGCAUCCAUUUGAUAGUGAUGUUGUCUAUAUAUGGCGUCAAAAGAGUCGUGAUAUGGUAUCAUAUAACUUGCGCACACAAAACUAUACAACCAUGAGAGAUGCAUCAAAAUGGUAUAAUGAUAACAAUCAAAACAGUUUCAUGAACCGCUUUGUUUGUCAGAAAUAUAUGGACGAGAUAUACGGACCAAACUCACUUUGGGGCUCUGGUAGUGUCGUCGCCUUGUUCCAGUUUGUGCAGUCACGGUGGAUGGAACCGGUACCUUGUCCUCCACAAGUUGAGAUGAUAAACACAGCUUCAUUACUUUCUUACAUUUCUUCUAUAAAGAAGAGAAAGAGGGAUAUAGGCAGGGGAUUCAGAUACUGA